GUACCCUGGGCUUUUUUGUCUUCCUCUGCAGAAACUCUCCUGGAUGACUUCCUUCUCACAUACACGGUUUUCAUGACGACUGAUGACUUGUGCCAGGCACUCCUGAGGCACUAUUGUGCUAAGAACCACCAAGGGAAAGAAGAUGACUCUGAUGUGUCCUGUAGGAAAAGAAAAGUCUUGCAUUUGGUGUCUCAGUGGACUUCUCUCUACAAAGACUGGUUGCAUGAAGAUGAGCAUUUAAAACAAUUUUUAAAGACAAUAUACAGAAAUGUGUUAGAUGAUGUGUAUGAGUAUCCCGUUCUUGAGAAGGACCUGAAAGAAUUUCAGAAGAUACUUGGGAUGCAUCGCCGCCACACUGUAGAUGAGUAUUCACCUCAUCGAAAGAAUAAAACCUUUUUCCACCAGUUCAGUGUAAAGGAGAACUGGCUGCAGCACAGAGGAACCAUGAAUGAAACAGAAGAAAUUUUCUGCCGUGUGUAUAUAACAGAACACUCCUAUGUCAGUGUGAAAGCUCAAGUGUCAAGUUCAGCUCAGGAGAUACUGAAGAUCGUGGCCGAAAAGAUCCAGUACCCGGAGGAGGAGUUGGCGCUGGUGACAGUCUCGUUCUCUGGUGAAAAACAUGAGCUACAACCAAAUGAUCUGGCUAUCUCAAAAUCUUUGGAGUCAUCCAGUCGUAUGUUUGUAUACCGAAAAGAUCUGACUGAUUCUUUGAACCCGUUUUCUGAAAAUGAGGAAUUGCAGCAAAGAUCUGUGAGGAUUUUGGGAAUUAACACCUGGGAUCUUGCCUUAGAGCUAACAAACUUUGACUGGAGCCUCUUCAAUGCAAUUCACGAGCAAGAGCUGAUAUACUUCACAUUCAGCAGACAAGGCAGUGCUGAAAACACUGAGAAUCUCAGUCUUCUGCUUCAAAGAUGCAACGAGGUCCAGCUUUGGGUUGCCACAGAGAUACUCCUCUGUAGCCAGCUCUGCAAACGUGUCCAGCUAGUGAAAAAGUUCAUCAAGAUUGCUGCCCACUGUAAAGCCCAAAGAAAUCUGAAUUCAUUCUUUGCAAUUGUUAUGGGUCUCAACACUGCAUCUGUCAGCCGGCUCUCUCAGACCUGGGAGAAAAUUCCUGGGAAAUUCAAGAAACUUUUCACUGAGCUUGAAAGUUUGACGGAUCCUUCUCUGAAUCACAAAGCUUACAGAGAUGCAUUCAAGAAAAUGAAAUCUCCGAAAAUCCCCUUCAUGCCCUUACUUCUGAAAGAUGUAACAUUCAUCCAUGAAGGAAAUAAAACGUUUCUGGAUAACCUUGUUAAUUUUGAAAAGCUGCACAUGAUUGCAGAUACUGUUAGGUCAUUGAGACAUUGCAGAAAUAACCAAUUUGGCAAUGAAGUUCCUUCGAAAGAGCACCACGAGCUGAAGCCAUACGUCCACCACCUGCACGUCAUCGACAACCAGCAAGCUCUGUUUGAGCUCUCUCACAGGAUAGAGCCGCGAGCGUGAGCGUACACAGCUUCACAUAACCUUGUAACUGCAGCACUUUGAAUUAAGUGAAUGUUUAUGCCAAGCAUGUUGCUUCCCUAUAUGAGAACGGUUUACUGAGUUUUAUCAGUAGCUCACACGACAUGCACAGGGAAAUCAGGCAAGAGCCAGCAAAGGAGCUGCUCGCAGAGCUGCAGGGCAAGCUUGGUGCCAUUCCCGCUGGUCACUGGGACCUGAGGGAGUGGAGCAGUGUCCUUUGAGCUCAGGAGCUUGGUUUCUGUGAAAAUAUCCUUUGGUCCAGUGCAGCUUUCAAUGCAGAUUCUGACAGUAUUAGAAAGAAAGGAAUCAUCGUGUCACAGCAGCAAAACAUUUCAGCAAGCAACAUGCCGCAAGGGGCUUGAUUCCCAGUUCACCACAGUAUGUACCUCACUGAUUCAAGGCUGCCAAAGUAUUGUUGCCAAAAAUAAUGUGCAAUCUGUGCAGCUCCCAUGAGUCCACUGGAGCAUAGUAUCUGAAAUGUGUGAGCAACCUAGAACAGGAAUAUAACAAGGCAGUGCAACCAGAUGAAACUCAAGAGUGUGUUGUGAUGUGGAGGUCAGCAGUAAACAGUUCACUCUGUUAUGGCUCCUUUAAGGAUAUGCUUUAUGAAACACGCUGUAAGAGCCAAGCCACUUCUGUUGCAAUUUAUGGACACAAUUGUUUGUAUACUGAAAACAUGUUAUUUCCUUCCUUUUCAGUUAUCUCAGAUUUAGCACUGGCUCCUGCAGUUAAUGUGUUAUAAUAGCAGGAGUUUUGUCUUCUGCUUGGAUUACAGCCUCUUUGAUAUCUAUUCAGAGGCAAAUGCCUAGAUCCAUCUGCAUUUCUAAUAUUCUCCCCACAAGAAAUACCAUUUCAGCAAGUAAAACUUCACCUAACUUGCACAUGCUUUUAAAGUUUUUAAAGAACAGAAAGGUGCCCCUUACAGGGAACCAGCGUAAUUACCUGCAUAGACACCAGGCUCUCAGCAUUGGGGUCCCUUUUCUGCUUUUGUCCCUUUCACAGCUCUUCCCAUGACAAAUCUCACCUAGUUAAAAGUACUGCAUCUGGGCCUGUGCUAAGGCAGCACUUCUAAAGUCAUGUCUACAGCUGACCUACAUCUUGAGCACCACCAUCACCUGGUUUCCAGUGAUAAGUUGCCCUGAAAUGAUCUAGUGAAUGCCACAGGUGAUGUGCAGGGUGCCCUUUGGCGCGUGUUUGUUUGUGCACUGACUCCCAGUGACGGUCCCUUUACAGAGCAGGGAGGAUACAUUGCAUUGCUUGCCCAUCUCUGCUGUAUGUUUUCCACCUGAGGAAGACUUCCAAGAAAAUGCUCCUUUACUAAAAUGUGGGAACACUGAAGUAGCAUGCUCUUCAUCAUUGUGUUAUCUCUGGUUUAAAGGGAUUUUAAAAAAAGCAGCUUUAACAAGUAGUCUGUGGGGGAAUCUGUAGAAUGCAUUCAGUUUUCCCAUCUGUGAAAUAUUGUAUAGAUCUAUUGUAAAGGAAACAGAUGUUUCAGAAAUGUAUUUGCUUGUACUUUGUUAUUAUCAAAUACUAUAUGAUUUUUUUUUUUUUAAGAAAAAAAAAAUUCUUUUUACCCAGUAAAAAGAAAAAAAAAAUAAACUCUUGCUGGCCAUGGAGUAAAAAUUUCCUAUGUUCUUCUGUAGAUGUGACUGCACAUAUUGUAAAUAACUCUUUUGUGCAAACAGACCAAAACUGUUCAAAUGAAGAUACUAGCUGUGGUGGGCUCCUUUUUCAGUGAAAGAACAAAAACCAGAUGCAAUUUGUUGCUUGUGUUUUUGCAGUUCUUCCUAGGGUUACAGCACUUGGAAUUCCCAACCUAUACGCAUUACCUGGAUGAUUUCCUGGGUUUUGAGCUCCCUCUUGUGAAUUUUUUUUUUCUUUUACUGUGGCAUUAUUUUUAGGAGCCUGUAUGUAGACAAGCCUGCAUGCUUCAGCUUGUGUGGUGUAACACUCUAGUCCACAAAGUUGUUCUGGAAAUCUGUGGGAGAGGGAGCAUUCGAAGGUAGUCAGGGUGAGAAGGUGGGGCUGUUUCUCAGUUCACUGCAUUUGGCUCUGGGACAGUUUUCAUAGCUACCAUGGAUGAUGAAGCAGCAGCUGUGUUGGAAAAGAAUAAAAGAAAAGGAAAUUAAAGAAGGG